AUGAGAAAUAGCACUGGCCGUUUUCGGACUUGUGCGAAAUGCUGCCAUGGCAACACGAAAACAGCGGCAAAGUGAUUGCGUAUAGGUUCAGAUUUAAGGCAAGAACGGCACAUUCGAGUGCUUGUUUAUACUUUUCAAAAUUAUUUCAGUAGAGUAGCACAGCAAUAGAUCACCAUGAAGCGACGCAACGCACACCGACACCGGUGACGAAACUAUUAGUGCACCGCCGAACGCUUCACUUGAGGGACGCCGAUGAACGCCUCCAAGAUGCGGAAACAGGAGCCCAAGGAUGACCUCGAAGUGGACGCCAUCGCGGAGCAGGAACUCUCCCGGCUGCAGCGCCACUACCGCAUCAUGGAGGGAGACAGGGAGGCCUUCUCCGAGGAGGCCAAGUUCUUCUUGAACAAGCAGAGGAAAGUGAUCGAGUCACUUCUCUUCGAAAGAAAUGAGCUCAUCACCAACCUCAAUGUGGCGGCCUCGAAGCGGAUCGAGGCCAAGGAGGCGAAGCAGAACGACCACCUGGCGUUCCUCAUGGAGGUGCAGUCCCGCUUCCAGGAGGCCAUCAAGACGGAGAAGACGCAGCUGCACGAGCUGGAGCACCAGAUCCGCAAGGUGGAGAAGGAGGUGGUGGCGCUGCGCAGGGACGACGUGUCCGACAUGAAGCUCAUCGAGCAGGCGGCCGCGCGGGAGAAGAGCGUCAACCUGCUGGAGAACAGGCUGCACAACGCGACCGUCAAGUUCAACAAGCAGCUGGCGCACAACGCGGCGCUGCGCGAGGAGAUCGACCACCUGCUGAAGGAGCGCGCGCAGUACAACGUGCUGUACGACGCGCUCGUCAACAAGCUCAACCAGGGCAAGAAGAUCAUGAUCGACCUCAUCGAGCAGGCCACGCACGCCUACGACCAACGGGAGGAGUCCCAGACCAAGCUGAGCGUGCUCAAGGAGCGCGGCCGCCAGGACCUGAUCGCGCAGAGUGCCGAGAUGCGCGAACUGCAGCGCCGCUUCGACCACGACACCAAGCUGCAGGAGUUCCUGGCCGUCAAGGGCCAGCACCGCGUGCUCGUCGACCUGGAGGCCAAGGAGGCCCUCAAGAAGAAGCAGCAGCGCGAGGCCACGGAGAGGCUCAUCCAGCAGUACCAGGCCAUCCUGGAGCAGAUCAAGGAGUUCUCCGGCGAGACGGACAUCGACCGCCUGUCCGCGCAGUUCAUGAAGCAGGAGGAGGAGAACUUCGCGCUCUUCAACUACGUCAAUGAGCUCAACAACGAGCUGGAGUCGCUGCAGGAGCAGGUGUCGGAGCUGCGGGCGUCGCGCGACGAGCAGGACAUGACGAACCGGCAGCGUGAGCAGCAGCAGCAGGAGAAGCUGGUGGGGCUGCGCCGCGAGCUGGACGCGCUCACGGCCGACGCGGACGACGCGCAGCGGCGGCUGGACGGCUGGACGCAGCUGCGCAACAACGUGCUCACCGGCAUCGACACCCUCUUCCACCUCGUCAAGUGCGACAACUCGCCCCUGCUGGAGCUGCUCGGCGGCAACACCAAGGUCACCCCGUACAACCUGCUGCUGUACCUCGAGAUGAUCGAGCGGCGCUGCGUGGAGAUCGUCAACCGGUGCUACAUGCUGGAGAAGGCAGCGGAGGACAAGGGCGCCCUGCCGGCCGGCGCGCCCGUCGUGUUCGGGGACGGCAAGCCCGUCGUCAAGCCGCUGCCCACCGUGGAGGCCAUCGUCGACGCCCACCCCUGCCCCCUGUGUGUUGACCAAGAAGAAAUAUCAGCCAUCGGAGAUGCAGUUGUGACACCACUAACAAGAGAUGAAGUCAGAAAGCAACUCGUUUACAAAAUACAGAAUCCAGCUUUGGACAUGAACGACAGAUUGCACUCAAUAUCUCAUUGUAGAUUGCCUCGUUCAAGAAGAUUAAUGCAAAAAAGACUAAAUCAAGCCUAAGGUCAUUAUAUUAAUGAUUCUGGUUCUGUCUCUGAUGCAUGUAACUUCUGUGUAACUUUAUAACUGCUCGUACCUGUAUACAUAAACAACUCUGUUCCCAUUA